CUUCCACCCCUCUCUGACGCUCCGCCUGCCACGUCAUCGGACGCUCCGUCACCAGCGACAACAUCCAACAUGGCGGCGUCCGUACGGGAGAAGCAGACAGUCGCUCUGAGGAGAAUGUUGAACUUCAACGCUCCUCCUCUGAAGAACACAGCAGCUGAGCCAGUGUGGAAGGUGCUAAUUUACGACCGGUUUGGACAGGACAUCAUCUCCCCGCUGCUGUCCGUCAAGGAGCUGAGAGACAUGGGCAUCACCCUGCACCUUCUGCUUCACUCAGACCGUGAUCCUAUCCCUGAUGUAUCAGCCAUCUACUUCGUCAUGCCCACAGAGGAAAACAUUGACAGGAUAUGCCAGGACCUGAGGAACCUGCUGUAUGAGUCGUACUACCUGAACUUCAUCUCUGCCAUCAGCAGAAGUAAACUGGAGGACAUUGCCAGCGCCGCCCUCGCUGCCAACGCCGUCAGCCAAGUCACCAAGGUGUUUGAUCAGUACCUGAACUUCAUCACUCUGGAAGACGACAUGUUCAUCCUGUGUCACCAGAGCAAGGAGCUCAUCUCCUACCACGCCAUCAACAGAGCAGACAUCCAGGACACGGACAUGGAGGCCAUCAUGGACACCAUCGUCGACAGUCUCUUCUGCUUCUUCGUCACACUGGGUGCCGUGCCGAUCAUCCGCUGUCCACGGGGAAACGCAGCAGAGAUGGUCGCCGUGAAGUUGGAUAAAAAGCUCCGUGAGAACCUGCGUGACGCUAGAAACAGCCUGUUCACCGGAGACAACAUGGCCGCCGGACAGUUCAGCUUCCAGAGGCCUCUGUUCGUCCUGGCAGAUCGUAACGUGGACAUGGCCACGCCCCUCCACCACACGUGGAGCUAUCAGGCGCUGAUCCACGACGUCCUGGUGAGAUUGUGCUCGUGCUACGUAAAAGACCGCAAAUGGGAAAGAAAUGUAUUAUUGUAUACGUUUUUUACUCUCGUCAAAGGUGCAGAAGUGUCUCUUUUGGGAUGGAAACAAAGCCAGUCACAUUUUCUUUUUGCUCAUUUUAUUUUAACCUUUAAUAAAUCUCAAAGCAGAUAAACAAGAAUAUUUUAU